AUUACAAAAGAUUCUUAAAAUAUGGGCAAAUCCAUCAAUACUUAAGACCAACCAAAGAAAAGUAAAUAAUAUCAAAAAAUCGAAUGUGAAUAAAGAAAACAAGUACUUGAUAUGCUAUUGAAUUAAUAGCUGUCACUUCAAGAGGUAUAACAAAAUCACUAUUCUUACUCUCAUCAUCUAUAUCCUUAUUAUCCCUUUUUCAAUUAAUAUCUCUUUAGGUGUCUAAUAAAUUGUAAUUGAAGUAUUGUACUGUAAGAACAAUAUUCAAGACUUAUGAAAAAGAUGGACGUAUAGGAAAAAAAGAAACUAGAAAGAAGAAGUUAAAAAUUCAAAAUAUUCUUAAAAUUAGUGUUGUAAAUCCUUUCACUAUGUAAAUCUAACCUUUAAGUGUCUAAUCUGAUAUUCAAUAGGUAUUUUUUUAGUCAUUUUGUAUUUAGAUAUACGUUGACAAACAGCCGUCGAUACUUGAUCAAACAGCAUUAGCGAACCAAUAAAAUUCACUUUUACAAUCUUAAUGCUUAUAAUUCACUUCUGAACUUGCAUCUCAUAUGAAUUAUCCUAAUUUAAUGUAUUAGUCCAUCCUUCAGAACUUAUUGAUCUCCACAUAAUAUGUUUUUAAAUCAAUCGUUGAUUCAAAACCUCAAGGAUUAAUCAAAUAAGAAUUUGACUCGCUUUCCUAAUAAAUCCCAUACUAUUCCUACACAUAACAACCAUAUUAAAAUCAGUAUUAUCCUUUACCAUAUACUUAAAUAAGAACGUGAA